CUGUAUUGUUUUGUUUUCACUUUUCAGUGCAGUGAAAAUCCUGUUCAGAAAGUGUUGUGCAAAGUGUAUUUCCGCGUCGAAUAAAAUUUUUUGGUGCUAUUUUAGGAGCAUCCGUUGACCGUUCAGUGAUUUGUAAAGCGUUAUAUAUUUUCGGAAGUGUGGUAGUGCAAGGCGUCAAGCCAAACAAAUCAGUUCGUAAGUGGUGUGAAAUUUAUUCAAAACGGCAUCCGAAAAGAUAAACCCUUCUGAGCAGCCGAACUACAACACAAUGUAUCAACAAGGCGGUUACCCGCAGGGCGGUUAUCCACAGGGCGGUUAUCCGCAGGGCGGUUACCCGCCACCGGGCGGUUAUCCACCGGCGGGCGGUUAUCCGCCAGCUGGCGGUUAUCCGCCUCCGGGCGGUUAUCCACCUCCUCAACCGGGAUUUCAACCUGCGGGCUAUGGCGGCGCGGGUUAUGGCGAGCCGGGGUACGGUGGUCCCGCAGGCCUCGGUGACGAUGCGGACGUCAAAGGGUUCGACUUCAACGAGCAGAGCAUCAGGAAAUCAUUUAUACGAAAGGUAUACGCCAUCUUGAUGUGCCAACUGCUGGUGACGAUGUCGUUCAUAACACUGUUCACGUUCCACGCGCCGACCAAACUGUGGGUGCAAAGGAAUCCGUACACUUUUUGGAUAGCGUUCGUGGUGAUGUUUGCCUGCUUGAUAGCGAUGUCGUGCUGUGGAAGCGUGCGUCGUCAAUCGCCCACAAACUUUAUUUUCUUGGGCCUUUUCACCUUGGCCGAGAGUUUCCUGCUGGGCGUCACCGCUUCGGUUUAUCAGAGUGAUGCGGUAAUGAUGGCGGUGGGUAUAACAGCGGCGAUCUGUCUCACGCUCACACUGUUUGCGAUGCAAACUAAAUGGGACUUUACGGCUAUGGGCGGCAUUCUGCUGUGCGCUACCGUAGUACUGCUGUUGUUUGGUCUGAUCGCGAUUUUCAUACCGAAAAACCAAGUGGUCACCCUAGUGUACGCUUCUCUCGGCGCCAUGCUGUUCUCAGUGUACCUGAUUUACGACACACAACUCAUGAUGGGAGGAAAACACAAAUACAGCAUUUCACCCGAAGAAUAUGUCUUUGCAGCUCUAAAUUUGUAUCUCGACAUCAUCAACAUCUUCAUCUACAUUCUAACAAUUAUUGGCGCGGCCAGAGAUUAAAUGAUUUGACAUUUGAGUUUGUUUUUUUUUCGGUUGGUGAGCUAACGUAGUGACAGAUGGAGGGCUAACCUGCCAGUAUGUAAUGAAUAUUGAGUAUUCAUUAUCUGUAUUUAUAUGUUUUUUUAUUUAAAGCGAUUAGUAUUAAUGGCCAGUUUCGCUCUGCAUUUGGUUUAGUAGGUAAUGAAAUUCUAAUUUCAAAAUUGUUUUUUUUUUUGCGGUGUUCGUUUUUUUUGCUACAUUCCAUAGAUUAGCGUUAGCCUCACUCAACCAGACAAUAAAUUAAUGUUAAGAGUUUUUUUUUUGUUAUUUUUUGUAGUCCGUGGACUGAUGUUUAAUGUUUCUACUUAUUCGAAUAAAUGUACAGAGUAGUGUUGGUACGAAUCUUGUCUAAUCUCUGUAGGUUAUAAUGGGUAUUGCAUUUAUACGGAUAAUGCUUAUGCUAUUUUUAGGCUCAACAUCACAUUGGUUUUAUUUAUCUCUUUUUAGUCUAAGAGACGAAUGUCGAUACUCUCACUUAUGAUAUUAAAUUAAUGUAUAAUUAACAAAAAAUGUCGGUUUUCAAAAAGUAUUAAUAACGACUAUAGACCGUUGCAAAAAUUAUUUAUUUCUGUUUUAAAUUUGCUAAAUUUGUACAAAUAUCUUGUAGCUUUCUGUAUGAUAGAUACCUGCCUCUACUUAUUUAUUAAAGUGGAUGUUUAAUAUAAUAGAAUAGAUUUAUAUAAAGAAAUAAAAGUUUAUUCAAUAAAUAUAUAUUUUCAUUCAUCAAAUGUAAUUUAAUCGGAGUACAUUGUUAGUUAUUAAACAUAACUUCUGGUUGUGAAGGAUUUCUUCGGAUUUGAGAAAAUACGACAAUAGAUUUUCUUAUAUGAGAUUUAUUUAAGCUAACAAUGUACUCAGAAUUCUAUAGUAUAAGAUAAACACGUUACUAAAAUUGCAUCUUCAAAUAAUUAAUAUAUUACGUUUACCGUUACCUUGUGGUUUUUAUUUAACUGCUUUUCAAUAAUUAAUAUCUGUCACCAGAAUUUAAAUUUCCACUAAUUAAAGAUACGCAUUCAUAAGAACAAAUAAAAACGUUUUUAAACAAAGAAGAAUCUUAAAACAAUACAAACGUCAUUUAAAACGUCGAAAUGUUAGGAAAAUGCAAUUUUAGUCAUAGACUUGUAUAUUUUUGUAUUUCACAAUAACAUUUCCUUCCAUUAAUCGUACAAUAAAUACAAUAAACAAUAGCGAUGGUAUCUAAA